AUGCUGGCCCUUCGCUUGUUUCUGUUGCUGCAGUGCAGCUUGCUGGUUUUCGCAGGAGUUUGUUUGAUACCUCAGCCUAUUAAAAGGCAGCGUUCGCUGAAGGAUAUACUCGAGAACCCCUGGAAAUCGUCCCCUCGCUUGGAUGGUCGUAUAGUUGGUGGACAUCGCAUUAACAUCACGGAUGCUCCACAUCAGGUUUCGCUUCAGACAUCUUCCCAUAUCUGCGGAGGAUCAUUGAUUUCGGAGGAGUGGAUAUUGACCGCCGCCCACUGCACUUAUGGCAAAACAGCGGAUCGAUUGAAAAUUCGUCUGGGCACCAGUGAAUUUGCUCGCAGUGGCGAACUGCUCCGCGUCCAGAAGAUCGUCCAGCACUCCCAGUUCAACUACACCAACGUGGACUACGACUUUUCCCUGCUCCAGCUGGCGCAUCCCAUCAAGUUCGACGAGACGAAGAAGGCCAUCAAGCUGCCCGAGUCGCAGAUGAAGUUCAUGGACGGGGAGACCUGCUUCGUGAGUGGCUGGGGCAACACCCAGAACCUGCUGGAGUCCAGGGAGUGGCUGCGCCAGGUGGAGGUGCCGCUGGUCAACCAGGAGCUGUGCAGCGAGAAGUACAAGCAGUACGGCGGCGUCACCGAGCGGAUGAUCUGCGCCGGCUUUCUGGAGGGCGGCAAGGACGCCUGCCAAGGGGACUCUGGCGGUCCGAUGGUCAGCGAAUCCGGGGAGCUGGUGGGCGUGGUCAGCUGGGGCUACGGCUGCGCCAAGCCAGAAUAUCCGGGUGUCUACUCCCGAGUGAGCUUCGCUCGGGAUUGGAUCAAGGAGCAUAGUGGUGUUUGAAUAAGUGAAUCCAACGAAUAGAACUUUUGUUGAGUGGCUUGCAGUUAAUUAUAAAAUAAAGAACGAACCUUUUUCUUCGACCUUCCAUUAAGA